AUGGCGUCCGACCGGCCAUGCUACUUCUGGAAGCUGCCACAAGAGCUGCACAGUAUGAUCUUCGAGCUCGCCUAUGCCGUUGAGUAUGAUGGCAAGUUCACUACACUCGAACGCUGGAACCAGAAGGAGAAGGAGUUGAAGCACCAGCAUGGUCCAGCUUACCAAAUACGCAAGUUCUCUGGUCACAAAGUCAACGAUUUCAUGGUCUCCAAGCAGUUUUUCAGCAAUGCUGCUCAGGCUUGGAUUGGCGCACAGCACUUCACCACCAGGAUCAGUUGCGUGGGCUGUUUCAUCGAUUAUGAUCUCAUCGGCUAUGGCUUGAUUCGCCAGUACAUAACCUCGCUGUCCACCCUCUUGGCUGGUGCUGAUCCUCGCCUCGUUGGGUGUCUUCGUGUCAAAAUCCUUGAUCUGAGAUUACAGUCAAACGAGCUAGGCAUAAAAGGCCUGUGUCCUUGGCUUGAACAGUAUACAGACCGUGACUUUGCAACACUUGAACGAGUCAAGGGCCUGCUCGCAAUCAUUCCGCGAACUCAACGCAACAUUAGCGUAAGGCUGGAAGCACCGCUGCCUAACACCGCAAAUACGCCUGAAAAAGCUACCGUCUAUCGCUCCAAUGUCGCAGGCCUUGAGUCGUACAUUCGUAGAGGCGUCGCCGCCACGAAGAAGUGUGUCGGCGAGCUGGAGCAGACCGCGGUGUCGACCAUGACCGAUACACCUGGCACAUCGCUGUACCCUGGAUCGCGGGUCUCCUUCGAGAAGUCGAACUUGCAAUCUGUUCCGACUGGCUCGUCAUUGAUGGAUGGUGGGGGCUCAUACUCUGAAACAGAAGACGAUUCUGCCUUUCCCACUACGGCAGAGGAGGUCAUGCAGCGGUUGAACACAACACCAAGGAAGUUCUGGGAGAAGUAUCGGGCAGGUCGCAUACUGAUGCUUUGA